UCCAGACCUCAGGCAAUCUGCCCACCUUAGCUCCCAAAAUGCUGGGAUUACAGGUGUGAGUCACUGUGCCUAGCCUAGAAGCUUGGUGGUUCCACUUAAUAUUUGUCAGUUUGCUUUUCUUAUUUUGCAGGAGAUUGGUGCUGACUUAGUACAAUUAUUUUGUCAGGGUUUGUUGGUUCUUUGGUGUUUGAUGGUUAGAGUGGAAUUGCAGAACUCCCUUUUGAAAGGCCUUGGUAAGUGUGGGGAGAGGAGAGCAGGAUCAAGGCUACGAGGCAGCUUCAGGUUGGGAUGACUUAGCAUGGGGCUUUCUCUUUACACUGUUCCCCUUUCUGUAUUUUUCCUUCUCCCCCUCUUUCUUUCCCUAGUUUCCCCCUACUUUCCUGCUCCUGAAAUAUUUUAUGUACAUUGCUGGAUUUGGUGCAUCUAGGAUUAUGGUAAAGAAGAGGAAUUUUCCUUCCUUCCUCCACCCCUCCUCUUAUGCUGUUGCUUAAAAUUCAGGUUUUAUUUUGACGAACAUUUUACAGAAUAUCUUUGGCCGUUUCCUCGAUACCCUGUCAUACGUGUAAAAGUCGGUAUGGGUUUGGCAAAGAGUGUAGGGCUCAGGAGUCAACUACAAAUGGAUGUCAGUUCUUUUGUGACUCCUGUUUUGGUUCUGGGGUGACUGUGCUCACUCUUGGUGGGGACGUGCAGGAGGUGGUGACAUUCACAGGCGCUGGUGGCAGCACCAGUCUGUGUGCUGGAGGGGACCAGCAGGAGGUGGUAACAUCCACAGGUGCUGGUGGCAGCGCAGGCCUGUGUGCUGCUGAAGCCUGGCCAGCACCAGGCACCUUGGCUCCAGCUCUGCCCGUUGCUGACUGCGUUUGGCUAUUGGGUUUUGGCUUUCCGAAGUGUCGUUUGUAUCAGCCAUUUAGCCUGUUCUGUUUCACAGCCUUUUCAUCGUAGGAAUCACACAACUUGAGCAUUUUUGACCUUGUAAGGCUUUGUAGAAGAGACUGUAAAUUCCAGAUCACUGUGUACAGCAGUGCAGGGGUUGAAGUGAGGGAAAAUCUGUUACUUGGAUGGAUGGCCUUGAUCUCUGAAGACAGUCCCUGCAGUUGGUCUUGGGUGUGCGUUGAACACAUCCCAGAGGGAGGUGGGGCUGCACAGAAGACUGCUGAUGGGCAUGAGCGCAAGGGAGACUUGGAGACUGACAUCUGCUUCUUUUGCAGCAUUUGGUAUUUUUUCAAUUUCCCACUAGAGGGAGGGAGGUUUGGGUUUAUUUAAAUGUGUGGUAAACAGUCUCCUUUCCCUUAUUACUUAUCUUUGAGUCAUUCCAAGGCAGUUUCAGGGGGCCUAGUAGAAAAGUCAGUGGCCGCUAUCAUUCUUCCCCUCCCUACCAGAAAGCUCAAAGUUUCUGGCUAACCUCCAGUUUGGGUGAGAGAGAGCUGAGAGGCAGUGUGGCUGGAUCCUGGGUAAAGGCCAGGCAGAUGUGGUUUCAUGAUAGGUUCUAACUGGCAGGUGUUUUUAUGUGCUCAACAGCAUCAUGUCUUUUCUCUUCAUGUCCCUCUGGUUCAUUCCUUAACAUUACUGGGGAGGAAGCCUCCCUGAGGUCCAGGGAGGUAAAAUGACUUAUUCUGGGUCACAUAGUAGUGGAAGAAAAAACUAGAAUUGUACCUCUUUUCUGUUUUAUCAUGUUGCAUUGAGUCUCUAGUGAGGCAUUGAGUCUGUACAUCCUUCACAGACUCUUAGAGAAACUUAUACCUAAUAUGGUGAUGGCUGGCUGAAUAUGGCUAAGAACACACACCUUGCAAUCUGAUUUGGGUUCUAUUAAUAGUUCUGGCUCUGCUACUUAUUCACUAUGUGAUCAUUAGUAUGUUCCUGGUCUCCCUGAGCCUCAGUUUCUUCAUCUGUAGAAAGGGGAUCAUAACUACCUCAUUAAGGUUUGAGGAUCACCCAGGACUAUUGCUUGGUACAUGUAGACACUCAGUACAGUGCCUGUGGCAGCAUUGUUUUCCAUACCUUGCUGUAGAGUGCUGUGGUGAGGCUGGCAUCCCUCCACUUUGAGAUUGAGGUAGGGAGAACUGCAGCACAUCCCAGACCUGCCUGGAUUCCUGUGCCAUCUUUGCUUCAUUCAGCACAUGUUCUUUGAACAGCCUGGGGCGUGUGCACUCAUUGGAAGAGGAUGCCUGUGGAUUUAAUAACUUGUGCGUUUAAUAAUCAGCCUUUUUGGCGGAGUGACAUGGCAGCAGUAGAUUGAUUUUAUUGGGGCAGAAAAAGAGUUGUGUGCUUCUCCAGGUAGCCCUGAGUCACAGGCCUCCGACUUGUUAUCUGCAGGUAUGCACAGUCAGCUGUACACAACCUCCUCUUUCCUGCCCACCUGCUCUGGUGUGAUUCAUUCUACAAAUAUUUGGGUACCUACUGUGUUCCAGGCACAGGACAAAGUACCAGGGGAAGGUACAUUGAUGAGCAGAAACAGACCUGAGCCCUGACUUCAGGGAGUUUGUGAGAUUGUGGGGAAAACAGGCAUUAAGCAAAAAAGGGUAAAAUUAUAAUCAGUGUAAGGCUGUGAAGAGCAAGUACUUGGGGCUACCUAAGCAGUUACUGGAGAGAUUUGACCUAAGCUAGAAGUCCCAGGAAGGUUCCCAAAGAAGCGGCAGGAGUUGGCAUCCUUUGGAAGAGUUCGUGAAACCUUUCUGCCCAGAGCUCCUGGACCAAUGCAUCUUCCCACCACCUUAAACCACUGAGCAGUUCAGAGCCCCAGUUGCAGACGACUUGUCCUGCCACCACCAUGAGCUCCGAAUGUGAUGGUGGUUCCAAAGCUGUGGUGAAUGGCUUGGCACCCAGCAGUAAUGGGCAAGACAAAGCAACUGCCUACCCUUUACGUGCACGCUCUAUUUCUGCUGUUAAAAUCAUUCCUGUGAAGACAGUGAGAAACGCCUCAGGCCUAGUUCUCCCUCCAGGUAUCUCCUUGGACAUGGAUCCCACGAAAAUCUGCACUGGAAAGGGAGCAGUGACUCUCCGGGCCUCGUCUUCCUAUAGGGAAACACCAAGCAGUAGCCCUGUGAGCCCUCAGGAAACCCCUCAACACGAAAGCAAACCAGGGCUGGAGCCAGAGCCUUCGUCAGCAGAUGAGUGGAGGCCUUCUUCCAAUGCUGAUGCCAAUGGAAAUGCCCAGCCUUCUUCACUCGCUGCCAAGGGCUACAGAAGUGUGCAUCCCAACCUACCUUCCGACAAGUCCCAGGUUCCCUCUCGCCCACACCCUCCUCUUCCUAAAAAGGACCGCUUUGCAUGGCAGUCCCCCACCAUCCACAAUACCUACAAGGAUUCUCUCUACAUGAGCUCACCAAAGCCUUACGUCCCACUUGGCACCCCCAGCCCACAGAACCCCUCACACCCCCAGCCCAUCUCUGUCCUCCUGGCAGCUGGAUCGGCUCCCAAAGGUGUGGUGUGCCCUGGUUCCUUGCUUUCGGACUCCACGUUUCCCAGUGCUUCAUCCCAACCCCAGCAGCACUGUGCAGCCACCAGGAGAGUUUAUCAUAAGAAUGUGAGCUCUAACCCAUGUCAUGAGGCAGUUGGGAAUAAAAAGGUCAGCAGCUUAUAUGUACCUUGUUUAUCCAAUAACAUUUGCCUGGCGGCGUCAGAAAACUCCUCUCGUGUUGCACGUGACCCUGCCAAAGACACUCCCUCAGAGGCUGCAGGCACCCGAGCACCGGCUCCCAGCCCUGUCUCCUGCACAGCCGGCACAGGAAAACCACCCCCUGCUCCUCCUCCUGACCCUCCCAAGCUAUUCUUUGACAUCGGUAAAGAUGCCGUUAACCGUGGCGAGAGUCCUUCCCUGGGGACGUGGCCUUCGUUCCCAGAUGUGAGACCACCUGUACUAGGCCCCCAGGUUAUCUCUGAUCCCGAAAAACAGAAGAGCAAAGAAUCUUACCUUUUGCAGCCGAGUUAUCCAGCCAAGGAUGCCACUUCCUCCAGUGCAGCCCAGCCGGAGGUAAUAGUUGUCCCUCUCUACCUGGUUAACACUGACAGAGGGCAAGAAGGCACGGCCAGAUCGCCAGCACCUCUGGGGCCUCUUGGCCGCGUCCCCACAAUCCCAGCGACCGCCUCUGCAGCCUCACCUCUGACCUUCCCGACUCUAGAUGAUUUCAUUCCCCCUCAUCUACAGAGGUGGCCCCACCACAGCCAGCCAGCCCGCACCUCUGGCUCCUUUGCCCCCCUUAGCCAGACGCCACCAUCCUUCUCACCACCACCUCCGCUGGUCCCUCCCACCCCGGAGGACCUCCGCAGAGUCUCGGAGCCUGACCUCACGGGAGCUGUUUCGAGUACCGAUUCCAGUCCUCUACUAAAUGAAGUUUCUUCUUCCCUUGUUGGAACUGAUUCCCAAGCCUUUCCACCAGUUAGCAAGCCUUCUUCCGCCUAUCCCUCCACAACGAUUGUCAACCCUACUAUUGUGCUCUUGCAACACAAUCGAGAACAGCAAAAACGACUCAGUAGCCUUUCAGAUCCUGUCUCAGAAAGAAGAGUGGGAGAGCAGGACUCAGCCCCAACCCAGGAAAAACCCACCUCACCUGCCAGAGCUGCUGAAAAAAGAGCAAAGGAUGAUAGUAGGCGGGUGGUGAAGAGCGCUCAGGACCUAAGCGAUGUUUCCAUGGAUGAAGUGGGCAUCCCACUCCGGAACACUGAGCGAUCAAAAGACUGGUACAAGACUAUGUUUAAACAGAUCCACAAACUAAACAGAGACACUCCUGAAGAAAACCCUUAUUUCCCUACGUACAAAUUCCCUGAACUUCCUGAAAUCCAGCAAACUUCUGAAGAGGACAAUCCUUACACUCCUACCUACCAGUUUCCUGCAUCUACUCCUAGUCCUAAAUCUGAAGAUGAUGAUUCAGAUCUGUACUCUCCCAGAUACUCGUUUUCUGAAGACACAAAAUCUCCCCUUUCUGUGCCUCGCUCAAAAAGUGAGAUGAGCUACAUUGAUGGUGAGAAGGUAGUCAAGAGGUCAGCCACACUACCCCUCCCAGCCCGCUCUUCCUCACUGAAGUUAAGCCCAGAAAGAAAUGACUGGGAACCCCCAGAUAAGAAAGUAGACACAAGAAAAUACCGUGCAGAGCCCAAAAGCAUUUACGAAUAUCAGCCGGGCAAAUCUUCUGUUCUGAGCAACGAAAAGAUGAGUCGGGAUAUAAGCCCAGAAGAGAUAGAUUUAAAGAAUGAACCUUGGUAUAAAUUCUUUUCGGAAUUGGAGUUUGGGAAACCGCCUCCCAAAAAGAUAUGGGAUUAUACUCCUGGAGACUGCUCUAUCCUUCCUAGAGAGGAUAGAAAGACUAAUCUAGACAAAGAUCUCAACCUCUGCCAGACAGAGUUAGAGGCAGAUUUAGAAAAAAUGGAGACGCUUAAUAAAGCACCCAGUGCAAACGUGCCACAGAGCUCAGCUAUCAGCCCCACUCUGGAAGUUUCUUCAGAGACUCCUGGAUACAUAUAUUCUUCCAACUUCCAUGCAGUGAAGAGGGAAUCAGAUGGGGCUCCUGGGGAUCUCACUAGCUUGGAGAAUGAGAGACAAAUUUACAAAAGUGUAUUGGAAGGUGGCGACAUCCCUCUUCAGGGCCUGAGUGGGCUCAAGCGACCAUCCAGCUCAGCUUCCACAAAAGUGGAUCGUAAAGGUGGGAAUGCUCACAUGAUUUCUUCAUCUUCAGUCCAUAGCCGAACGUUUAACACUAGCAAUGCGUUAGGCCCUGUGUGUAAGCAAAAGAAGCCCCUGUCAGCUGCGAAAGCCUGCAUUUCGGAAAUCCUUCCUUCCAAAUUCAAACCCAGGCUCUCUGCUCCCAGCGCUCUUUUGCAAGAACAGAAGAGUAUCCUCUUGCCCUCAGAGAAGGCUCAAAGCUGUGAGAACCUUUGUGUUUCCGGUUCUUUGAAUGAUUCCAAAAGAGACCUCCCCCUCCAAGUGGGAGGGAGCAUCGAGAACCUGUUCAUGCGCUCCCGACGGGAUUAUGACAGCAAGUCGAGCAGCACCAUGAGCCUCCAAGAGUACGGCACCAGCGGCAGGAGGCCCUGCCCUCUCUCAAGAAAGGCUGGGAUGCAGUUCACCAUGCUCUACCGGGACAUGCACCAGAUCAACCGAGCUGGCCUCUUCCUGGGCUCCGUCUCCUCCUCCUCGAGUGUGCGGGAUCUCGCCUCCCACUUUGAAAAGAGUGGCCUGGCAUUGUCCAGGGGUGAGCUGGGCCCCAGCCAGGAGGGCUCAGAACACAUCCCCAAGCACACCGUCUCUUCCCGCAUCACGGCUUUUGAGCAGUUAAUUCAGCGGUCCCGUUCCAUGCCGUCCCUGGACCUGUCCGGCAGGCUGAGCAAGUCUCCCACACCCGUGCUGUCCCGGGGAAGCCUGACUUCAGCCCGCUCGGCCGAGUCCCUCCUUGAGUCAACCAAGCUUCGUCCCAAGGAGAUGGAUGGGAUGAACUCCAUCGGGGUCUAUGCCUCCCCAACAUGUAGCAAUAUGGCGCACCAUGCCUUGGGCUUCAGGGGCCUUGUGCCUUCUGAGCCCCUCUCCACCUGCUCUGAUGACCUGGACCGCUGUUCAAAUAUCUCCACUGACAGCAGAGAAGGCAGUGGCGGCAGCGUUCAUGGAGAUUUCCCCAAACAUCGCCUCAAUAAGUGCAAGGGCACCUGCCCGGCCUCAUACACCCGCUUCACCACCAUCCGGAAGCAUGAGCAGCAGCAGACCUCUAGACAGCCCGAGUGGCGCCUGGAUUCCAGAGGGGACAAGAGCACCCUCCUCAGGAACAUCUACCUAAUGAGCCCCCUUCCUUUCCGGCUGAAAAAGCCCCUCCAGCACCACGCCAGACAACCUUCCCCUGGUGACUCCUCAGGCCUGCUGGUGGGCCAGAAGCCAGACCUACCCAGUCAGCCCCAUCAGGACCAGCCCCCUUCUGGGGGGAAGCCCGUGGUUCCCACACGCCUGUCUUCCCGACACACCAUGGCCAGGCUUAGCCGCAGCUCAGAGCCCUCUCAGGAGAGACCCGCGGCCCUGGAGGACUACCCAAGGGUCAUUAAUAAUGGAAACUCCGUGCCAUACUCAGACCACAGGCUGGACAGGAACAACAACCCUCAAAGUGAACUGGCACCGUCCCGCGGAGAUUCAGAAUCGCCAAGACAUUUUAUACCAGCUGAUUACUUGGAAUCCACAGAAGAAUUUAUUCGAAGACGUCAUGAUGAUAAGGAGAAACUUUUAGCGGACCAGAGACGACUUAAGCGCGAGCAAGAAGAGGCUGAUAUUGCAGCUCGACGCCACACGGGCGUCAUUCCGACGCACCAUCAGUUUAUCACUAAUGAGCGCUUUGGGGACCUCCUCAAUAUAGACGAUACCGCAAAAAGGAAAUCUGGGUCAGAGAUGAGACCUGCCAGAGCCAAAUUUGACUUUAAAGCUCAGACACUAAAGGAGCUUCCUCUGCAGAAGGGAGAUAUUGUUUACAUUUAUAAGCAAAUUGAUCAGAACUGGUAUGAAGGAGAACACCAUGGCCGGGUGGGAAUCUUCCCACGCACCUACAUUGAGCUUCUUCCUCCUGCUGAGAAGGCUCAGCCCAAAAAGUUGACACCAGUGCAGGUUUUGGAAUAUGGAGAAGCUAUUGCUAAGUUCAACUUUAAUGGUGAUACACAAGUAGAAAUGUCUUUCAGAAAGGGUGAGAGGAUUACACUGCUCCGGCAGGUAGAUGAGAACUGGUAUGAAGGGAGGAUCCCAGGGACAUCCCGACAAGGCAUCUUCCCCAUCACCUACGUGGAUGUGAUCAAGCGGCCACUGGUGAAAAACCCCGUGGAUUAUGUGGACCUGCCUUUCUCCUCCUCCCCAAGUCGCAGUGCCACUGCGAGCCCACAGUUUUCCAGUCACAGCAAGCUCAUCACGCCAGCCCCCUCAUCUCUGCCCCACUCCCGCCGAGCCCUGUCCCCUGAGAUGCACGCCGUCACCUCUGAGUGGAUCUCACUGACUGUGGGGGUCCCAGGCAGGCGUUCUCUGGCCCUGACCCCACCCUUGCCUCCUCUGCCAGAGACUUCUGUCUAUAACACUGACCACCUCGCCUUGUCCCCGAGGGCCAGUCCCUCCCUGUCUCUCAGCCUCCCGCAUUUGAGUUGGUCUGAUCGUCCCACCCCACGAUCAGUAGCUUCUCCACUGGCCCUACCUUCACUGCACAGAACCUACUCCCUAGCACCCAGUUCCCAGGCCUCCCUUCACAUCAAUGGAGACGGUGGCGUCCACCAAGAUAGCUUCUCGCAGCAGCCGCCGCUGGGGAGCUCUGAUAGUGUCAUCUCCCAGCUUAGUGAUGCCUUUAGCAGCCAGAGCAACAGGCAGCCGUGGCGCGAAGAGAGCGGACGAUAUGAGAGGAAAGCAGAGAGGGAGGCAGGCGAGAGAGGCCCUGGUGGACCCAAGAUCUCUAAGAAGAGCUGCUUGAAGCCUUCAGACGUGGUCAGGUGCCUGAGUACUGAACAGAGACUCUCAGAUCUCAACACCCCUGAGGAGAGCCGGCCCGGCAAGCCCCUGGGUAGCGCUUUUCCAGGAAGUGAGGCUGAGCAGACAGAGCGGCAUAGAGGUGGCGAGCAGGCGGGGAGGAAAGCUGCUCGCAGAGGUGGGAGCCAGCUUUCUCAUCAUUCAUUGAGAGCAGGACCUGAUCUCACAGAAUCUGAAAAGAGCUAUGUGGAAGCGGUUUGCAAUGAGAUCAUAAACAUUGCCGAAAAAUCUGUUCAUUACUGCAGCACUGUUUCUCAUCCCCUUGACUUUCAUCACAAGGUAUCCCCUUCUGACAAUAAAUCAUCUUUAAUCAUUUCUCAGCAACCUCAAGCCCAGCAGCGAAGAGUCACCCCCGACAGGAGUCAAACCUCACAAGAUUUAUUUAGCUAUCAAGCAUUAUAUAGCUAUAUACCACAGAAUGAUGAUGAGUUGGAACUCCGAGAUGGAGACAUUGUUGAUGUCAUGGAAAAAUGUGACGAUGGAUGGUUUGUUGAAAGAAGAGGCUUCUCUGCUUUUUGUGACCUCAGGAGGGCUGGGCUGCCAGUCUGUGUUGCUCUUAUGAUGGUGUAGAUGUUGCUAAUGUUGGACCUGAAACCAAAUCUGCUGCACAGAAGAGCAGUGGUCAAAUUUGUUAAUUGGGUUUCCAUUUAUAUUUAUGUUGUGCAUGUAUCUAGUUUGCAUUUGUAAAUUUUAUUUUUAAAACCCUUAUGAAAUAAUACAAAAACAUUUUGACUGAGCCUAUAUCUCUUACCUUGAAACUCAGGCAUAUGCGUAGAUGUUCUAAAGACCUUAUUUACUCCAGCCUUUCAAUAAUAUUAAUCAAAGCAGCCUGCUUAAUUAAUGGAUUUGCCUUUACAAGAAGGAGAAAGAUUAACAUUUAUUGAGAUUCUGUUACAAAUAAGACACUGUAUUUGGUAUGCUUUUAUUGACAUUCUCAACAAAUAGCCUGGUAAGAUAAGAAUUAUCCUCAUUUAUCAGAUUCAAAAACUGAGGCCCAAAGAAGUUAAGUAACUAUGCCCAGAUCACCAAGGUAGCAAAGAAUGAGGCCAAGAUUUGAACUCAAGCUACCUAUCUCUCCUGAAGUCUGUGUUCUUUCUGCUCAGGCAUGAAUAUAAUGUUGGGAGACACUAACCUACUCUUUGCCUCAAUUUCUCUCUAUACAAGUGGCUUUACCUUCAUCAUCUUUCUAAAGACCAGCUCUUCCCUGAUUUUUCUGGCAAAGCUUUGCUAAAGCAAAGUAAUAUCUGAACUGGAGUGGUGAGGACAGCAAGACCUCAACGUGAAUGAGAAGUCAAAAAGAUUUGCCUUGUCCUCAUCAGCCUCUUAAAGAAUGACCGCAUCCUCCCAAGGUCCCCAGAAGCCUAUGGCUCUCACCACCUUGAGUCAUUCUGUUCAGUAGAAAGUCAGGUCUGAGAAGUCAGUGACCACUCUAGUACAGUGCAAUCCAAUAGAAAUGCAAUGUAAGCCAUGCAUGAAAUUUAAAAUUUUCUAGAAGCCAUAUUAAAAAGAAGUAAAAAGA